AUGUCAAGGGGGUCGUUCUCUGAACUCAACGAAGAUGUCAUCGCCAAUAUUCUUUUAUAUCUGGCUCCCAAAGACAUAAUCAGCCUCAGAUUGACGAAUAAAACCGCGUAUCUCGCGUCUAAGUACCGAGUAGUUUGGUAUGAGGCACUCGGAAAUCGUACACGCGAAGAGAAAAUACUUGGUUUCCCCUAUGACCGUGAUGCGAUGUCUACCGCCGAUCUGGAGAGCGCAUCUGUUUUUCCACAAGCGCUUCUUUGUGAACCCACGGGUCUCACGCAGCCGCCUAAAGUUCCUUCUUUAAAAUGA